AUGAACUCAAUUCUUUCGACCUUCAAGCCUGAUGCCUCGGGCACGCCCCCGAAGCAGGUCCCUUACAUUCCCUGGCUCAAACUCAAUGAUGGCAAUGAGAUCCCAAUGCUCGCGUAUGGAUUGGGCACGGCCAACUACAAGACGGGCGGCGCUGGGUUCGAUGAGAAGAUUGUCAACAACACCGUCAUGGCCGUGAAGCUGGGCUACCGCCAUCUCGAUGGUGCCGAAGUCUACGGAAACGAGGAGGAGCUCGGCGCGGCCAUCAAGAAGGCAGAGAAGGAGGGUGUCCCCAGAGAGAAGCUAUUCGUCACUGCCAAGAUCGCGGGCAACAAGAAGCAAGACACUGAAGAGGCCUUCACUCGCACGUUGAAGAAAAUGGGUCUUGAAUAUGUCGACCUCUAUCUGAUCCACGCCCCUUUCUUUGCUGAUUCCGAAGAGGAGCUCCAGCAGAAGUGGGCUGACUUCGAGGCUAUCAAAGAAUCUGGCCGAGCAAAGUCAAUCGGUGUCAGCAACUUUUUGCAGUCGGAUCUCGAGGUAAUCUUGAAGAACGCCAAGACCCCGCCCGCCAUCAACCAGAUUGAAUUCCACCCCCACUUGCAACACGGCGACUUGUUGGACUUCCACCGCAAGAACAACAUCGCCGUAGCGGUCUAUGCACCCCUGACCCCGAUCACCUCUGACGUCGACAGUCCUGUCCGGACCAUCUGGGCCAACUUGUCAAAGAAGUAUGGUGUCAGUGAGUCUGUAAUUGGACUCAGAUGGUGCCUAGACCAAGGCCUCGUGACUGUCACGACCUCGUCAAAGGAAGACAGAUUGCAGAGUUAUCUGAACCAUCUGCCUGCCAUCAAGUUGACGCCCAGAGAGGUAACCGAGAUUGCAGAGGCCGGCAAGUCAAAGCAUGUCCGAGGAUUCUGGCAGGACAAGUUCGACCCGGAGGACACUCGCUAA